UCAAGAUGGCUCCUGUGGAGCACGUUGUAGCGGAUGCCGGGGCUUUCCUGCGAGACGCGGCUCUGCAGGACAUCGGGAAGAACAUCUACACUAUCCGGGAUGUGGUGAACGAGAUUCGGGACAAGGCCACGCGCAGGCGGCUCGCCGUCCUGCCCUACGAGCUGCGUUUCAAGGAGCCCUUCCCAGAAUACGUGCGGCUGGUGACUGAGUUUUCAAAGAAAACUGGAGACUAUCCCAGCCUCUCUGCCACAGAUAUCCAGGUGCUGGCGCUCACCUAUCAGUUAGAAGCAGAGUUUGUUGGGGUGUCUCACCUAAAACAAGAACCGGAAAAGGUUAAAGUGAGCUUAUCAAGUCAGCACCCAGAAACUCCUCUACACAUUUCUGGUUUCCAUCUGCCCUCAAAGCCUAAACCCCCACGAGAAACACUACAACAUGGACACCCAGCUGGUGAGCCCGAGAACCUAGAAUUCACUUCCUUCAUGUUCUGGAGAAACCCUUUGCCUAAUAUUGAUCAUGAACUGCAGGAGCUGCUGAUGGACAAAGGUGAUGAUGUUCCAAGUGAGGAGGAUGAGGAAGAAGAGACUGGAUUUGACGAAAGGAAAGACGAGGGUAGCGACGACGAUGGGGGUGGCUGGAUAACUCCCAGCAACAUCAAGCAGAUCCAGCGGGAGUCGGAGCAGUGUGCCGUCCCGAAGGACGUGAGGGUUGGCUGCGUGACUACGGACUUCGCCAUGCAGAACGUCCUGCUUCAGAUGGGGCUGCACGUGCUGGCGGUGAACGGCCUGCUGAUCCGAGAGGCCCGGAGCUACAUCCUGCGUUGCCACGGCUGUUUCAGGACCACGUCUGACAUGAGCCGAGUGUUCUGUUCGCAUUGUGGAAACAAGACCCUGAAGAAGGUGUCCGUGACCGUCAGUGACGAUGGAAGCCUGCACAUGCACUUCUCCCGCAACCCGAAGGUGCUGAACCCUCGGGGCCUCCGGUAUUCACUUCCCGCUCCCAAAGGGGGCAAAUACGCCGUCAACCCCCAUCUGACUGAGGACCAGCGCUUCCCUCAGCUGAGACUUUCCCGGAAGGCCAGGCAGAAAACGGACGUGUUUGCCCCUGACUACAUAGCUGGGGUAUCUCCCUUUGCGGAGAAUGACAUCUCCAGCCGGUCCGCCACCCUGCAGAUCCGAGAUAACGCCUUGGGAGCGGGUAGGAGGCGGUUAAAUCCCAAUGCUUCCAGAAAGAAGUUUGUGAAGAAGAGGUGAAGCGCAAGCUCUGCGGGCCAACAGGAUUGCCACUGCAGCUGCUGAGGCGCUCAGGGGCCUCAUUUCCCCAGCUGUCGGGCUCCAGAACCAUGUGGGUGGAAACAGUAGGCCUGGCUUAUGCAGUGCUGCCUCCUGGCUCCCUGGGAUGGGUCGGGUCGGGUCCGUGAUGGAGCUGGGCCAUCCCUUGGCCUGCGAGCAUCCAGAGAGCUGGGAUUCCUGCCAUGUUGAGGGGACUUUGACAGAAACAGAAGAACGGUGCCGUGGAGCACAUCCUCAGCAUUCAAAGAAAGGAACUUCCAGCUGGUACUGUUUUUCUAAUAAAUGUGGUUAUAAGCUUCUGUGCCUUUUCAUUAAGUCGCCAAAUGUUUGCUGCUUAGAUAAUUGGAAGGUAGCACUUGAGCUGUAUACUCAAGUAUCAAGCAUUUAGAUUUUUUUUUUUUACAAGAAAAUAUACUAAGUUUGUUACAAUAAACCU